AUGAGAUGUCUCUGUCACUUCACUCUGUCGCCUGUUUUAUGCCAGCUUUAUGGGGAUGUCUUUAGCGAGGCGCGAAUCGGAAUCUUUUUGCUUUCAGAUGACGAGGAGUCUAACUCCGCUACUGCCUCUCGACGUGUGUGGGACAAUGAAACUGAAGGCGUGGCGUAUUCCUACUCGUUCUUCCACUUCAUGUUUGGAUUGGCGUCUUUGUACGUGAUGAUGACCCUAACUAGCUGGUACAAUCCUGGUAAUGAUUUGACUCAUCUGAACAGCAACAUGGCGUCUGUGUGGGUGAAGAUCGUUUCGUCAUGGCUCUGUGUUGCACUGUACGCAUGGACUCUGCUUGCUCCUGCAUUGUUCCCUGACAGAGAAUUCUGA